CACUUCCACCGAUCGUGCACGUCAUGUGACACUGGCUGUCACAUGAUCGCAUUUGUUACACCUCCCUUUGUCACCUGAUUAGACUCAGUGGUGCCGGAAGAUGGUUUUCCUGUACGGCGGAGUGGAGGGAGGAGCAACUAGCUCGAAUGUAGUGCUGAUUGCUGAGGACGGGACGAUCAAAGCCAAGGUGAAUGGUCCAGCCACCAACCACUGGCUGGUUGGGGUGGACCAAUGCUUGGAAAGCAUCAACAGCAUGGUCCUGGAUGCUAAGAAGGCAGCUGGCGCAGAUCCUAAUGUACCACUCAAGUCCUUGGGGUUGACUCUAAGUGGGGGAGAUCAGGAUGAAGCAAUCAGCACAUUGGUCCAGUUGCUGAAGGAGAGGUUCCCAAACCUGAGCGAGAACUACAGCAUCACUACAGAUGCAAUAGGGGGCAUAUCGACAGCCACAGACACAGGUGGAAUUGUAUUAAUCUCGGGAACUGGUUCCAACUGCAAGCUCAUCAAUCCGAACGGCUCAGUGACCGGGUGUGGAGGCUGGGGCCACCUGCUCGGAGACGAGGGAUCUGCUUAUUGGAUGUCACUAUUGGCUAUAAAGAUUGUGUAUGACGCUAUUGACAACUUCAAGCACACACCAUUUAACAUCUGUCUGGUGAAGGAGGCCAUGUAUGACUACUUCCAGGUGUCUAAUCGAAUGGCCCUUCUCACUCACCUAUAUCGUACCUUUGAGAAAUCCAAAAUUGCUGGAUUUUGUCGAAAGCUAGCAGAAGCGGCACAAGCUGGAGACCAUUUUUCUUGUCACAUCUUCAGAAGAGGGGGUCAGGAACUUGCCCGGCAUGUUGUGGCUGUGCUGCCACAUGUGGACCAGAAGCUGCUUGAUGGGAAGCUUGGUCUGCCUAUAGUCUGUGUGGGAUCCGUGUGGAACAGCUGGGACCUGCUGAAAAAUGGCUUUCUGGAAGUGUUGAAGGAAGUCAAGCAAAAACCAAUGGCAAAGAACCUGUGCAAGUUUACCAUGAUGAAGCUGAAAUGCUCUUCAGCAGUGGGUGCAGCAAGUCUUGGUGCCAGGCACGUUGGUUACAAUUUACCCAUGAACUAUGCGAACAAUGUAGAUAUCUUCUUCGAACACUGCUUCGAACUCUAGAGACAACAAAGUGAUCAGCUCUGACCAGUGAAGUCAUGGUCUUGGAAAUCAGAGAUGGUGAUAUCAUUCAACAUGCCCUUUUUGUAUAUUUUCACACUUUGACCAAAAAAAAAAGUUUAUUUGAGAUCUAAUUGCAUCGCACACAUUCCUAAUCAGAGAAUUCACCACCCCCGUGCUGUAAAAUGUCUGACUCAAUUACCAAGCUCUCUCAAUGAAGAUACUAUCUCUCUCUCCCUCUGUUUUGCACACUUGGGUGGAAGAGAGAUUUUUCUUAUGAAAAAUAUCAAAAUGUUCUUUAUAUAUAUUUAGCUUAGGAAGAAUACUUUGAACUGUUAAACCUUAAGUCUUAAACUUAAAUAAAGGCAGUUACGAGGAAUGAAGCCCUAGUUGGCUAGAUGUAGAAUAAGAAAGUAAAUUAGACAAUAGAUAAGUAGCGGCAAGCAUUUAAGGAGAUGUUUUGUAAAACAACAAGAAAUUCUGUUGAGAAACUCAACAAGAAGUAUGUACCAUCAAAGCCUAAGGAAGGAAGUUGAUCGAACCAGAGAAAAUGUGCAAUCCUGCAAACAGAUAAAUUAGAAUGCGAGUAAGGCUAAAUAUUAAAAAUAAACAACAAAAUGUUUGGCAAGUAUAUAGAAAGGAAGAGAGUAGCUAAAGUAAACUAGUUCUUUUGAGGAUAAAAUCGGAAUGAAUGAGAUAGAAGCAAAUAGGAUGAUGCGAUGCAAUGCAAAACAAUAACAUACCAUGACCAUAGAUCUGAGAGGAGUAGAUACAAGUAGCAACAGUGUUCAUGGUAGAAAUCUCAACAAUCCCAAGAAAAGUGAAACACUAAAGGGCAACAAGACAGGAGGAACUUCAUGGUUGUGAGAGAAAAAGUAGUAGCAAAACUAAUGGGAUUGAAGGCUGAUGAGUUCCUUUGACUUAGAGUUUAGAGGCCUACAGCAAGGAAACAGGUCCUUCGGCCCGACUUGCCCAUGCUGGCCAGUUUCCACAAUUAAACUAGUCCCAUUUGCCCAUGUUUGGACCAUAUCCCUCUGUACCUUUCCCAUCCAUGUACAAGUCUAAUUGUUUCUUAAAUGACAAAAUCGUACUUGCUUCCAGCACUAUUUUUUUGGCAGCCUGUUCCAGACACUCACCUCUGUGUGAAAGAAUUGCCCCUCUGGACCUUUUUGUAUCUCUCCCCUCUCACUUUAAACCUAUGCCUGCUAGUUUUAGACUCGCCUACCAUGUGGACUUAAUUGGAGUGCAUCCUUAAAUAUAAAUAUAAUCGGUCGCAGAGAAAAUGAAUGAAUCCAUGAUCAAAGCCUUCCAUAAUUCCCUAGAUUUUGAAAAGGCCCUGGUGAAUUAGAAAAUCAAAUGUUAAACCUUUGUUUAAGGAAGGAGGGCAACAGUACAGAGAAGGCUGCACACCAGUUAACCUGUCAAUGCUGGAACCUAUUAUUAAGAGAAAAUGACAAUACAAUCAGGCAGUGUACUCAAUGUUGUGUGACAGGAAUUAUGUUUGAUACUUUCUUCAAAGUUUUUGCACAUCGCCUACAAGGCAUAAGUCAGGUGUGUGAUGGAAUACUCCCCACGUGCCUGGGUCAGUGCAACUCAACACUCAAGAAACUUAACACCAUCUAGGAUGAUUAAUUGGCAUCACAUCCUCAAAUAGUCACUCCCUCCACCACUGAUGCACGGUGACAGUAGUGUGUAUGCUUUAAAAGAUGCACUGCAGAAAUUCACCAACGGUCCUUAUUCAGGUCUUUCCAAGGCCAUGACCACUGCCGCCUGGAAGGAAGCAGAUGCAUGGGAACCUCACCACCCUGUAUGACGUUCCUUCAGUGAGGCUGGAUCAAUAUUCUGUAACUCCCUAAUGACAUUGUACCUACGGUACGCUGACAGUUCACCACCACCUUCUCGAGGGCAGCUAGGGAUAGGCAGUAAAUUCUGGAUCAGUCAACCACAUUGGUUGUAUGAAUAAAUUUAAGAAAAGGUUUUUCACAAUGUGAUCAUCCAAUCUCUGUUUAAUUUCUCUAAUGCAGAUGACAGCUCAACAUAAAUUGUUAAUAAAUUAUAAUAAAUUGAAAA